AGUAGCAGUUCAGCAGUGUAGUGGCGCGGAAGCAUUUCCACCAGCUUUCCUAUUGGACGGUGACCAGUGUGGUUCGAGACUCGUUACUUUUCCGGAAUAUCGUUCUUGGGAUUUUGAAAGUGUGUUAACCCAUUUGAAGGUGCUUUGUGAGCUGAUCUUGAAGCGAGUUGUGAAAGUGAUUCCAGCCGAUCGGAGUCGACUGGUGAAGAAAGAUCGCAACUCAGGAUUUCUAGUCACAGUUUGAUUUUUGUUUGUGUGAUUGGGAAAACGAUGGUAUUUAGUGUGAAUUGAAUCGAAGACAAAUCAACAACAGAAAAAGAUUUUUAGAGGUGAUCGUGCAGUCUAUCGACAAAAAAAUCAAAUUCAAAAAUGGGAGCCGACUCCCAAACCAAGUCGAUACCUUGCGGAAAGACGGCCGAACUGAUCGACGUCGCCAUGUCCAACUCCAAACAAAGCCCCACCUCCACAUGUAGUCAACUUCCCAGCCUGACAGAACUCAGCGAAGAACUCUCCGCCCAGGAUUCCACGCUUGAUCCAAAAAAGUUCCAGAAAGCCCUCUCCAGCUGCAGUAGUUUGUCACAUGAAACCGAAAUCGACAAAAAGUUGAAGGAUAUCGGUUCCCACACGCCGAUCCUGCCAUCGGAAAUCGGAACCGAUUUCAACUUCAAGCGGGAGAUCGUCUGGAAGAAUGUGAUAGGGUUUGCGUUGUUGCACAUCUGCGGCUGGAUUGGGCUUCAUCUAGCUUUCUGGCGGUAUUGUGACUGGCGGACGACGCUCUACACUGGUUGGUUGAUGUACAUGUCUGGUCAGGGAGUUACAAUGGGUGCCCAUCGGUUAUGGGCCCACCGUGCCUUCAAAGCGUCACUUUGGCUCAGGGUUCUACUGCUGUGGUUGCAUACCCUUGCCGGACAGAACUGCCUAUACGUCUGGGUGCGAGAUCACCGACAACACCAUAAGUACUCGGAUACCGAUGCGGAUCCACACAACGCCAACCGUGGAUUUUUCUUCUCCCAUGUCGGUUGGUUGCUAUCCCGCAAACAUCCAAAGGUCAUCGAAUACGGCAAGAAGAUCGACAUGUCCGAUCUGGAAGCCGACCCGCUGAUCAUGUUCCAAAAAGAACACUACAAGGUGCUAUACACCUUCUUCACCAUUCUUGGCCCCACCGCCGUCCCGAUCCUGUUAUGGGGUGAGAAUCCCUUGUACGCGCUAUUUGUUGCCUACUUCUUCCGCACGGUUCUAAGUUUGAACGGUACAUGGUCAGUCAACAGUGCCGCCCACAUGUUUGGAACCCGUCCCUACGAUAAAACCAUCUGGCCUGUCGAGAACAUGUUUGUGUCGUUUGUGGCAAUGGGCGAGGGCUGGCACAACUAUCAUCAUGCUUUCCCAUGGGACUACCGAGCAUCCGAAUACGGAACCCCGCUGAAUUUGACCGGAACGCUGAUCGACAUUCUUGCUAAAUGGGGAGCUAUUUGGGAUCGUAAGACCGCCACGAACAACAUGGUAAAAAAUCGUGUUCUUCGCACUGGCGAUAAGUCCCAUCACACCUACGGCACGGACGAAGGUCGCAAUGCGUUUACCACCUUGUUUGGAAUCUGGCGUCACCCGACGAAUCCGACCUUCAACUCGAUCUACACGCCGAAGCCGAAAAUUAUCCAAAGUGAUGGCUAUGCUCUGAUUGAAGACGAGUUGAAAAAAUCGGAAAUGGAUGACGAGAUUCUACAGCGGGAGGCUGACGAACUUCUCCGCUGCCAACGGGAAGAGGAAGACCAGAAGACUGAAGCCAACAAAAUCUACAACAAGCUGUCCCAGUACAUCAAGGACCAGCAACGGCAGCAAGAACCGCCGAUCAUGGAGGAGGAAGAUCUCCUCCAGAGCAAUAACAACUUGGACAAAGCCGGCAAGAGUAGGCUCAAUGUGAACGGGAACGCGAAUGUGAUACAACGAAAAACCGGUUCCAUGCAUUAGCGUAGACAACAGAGUGGGGACUGAGUGUGGCUUGUAUUAUUGGGAUGGGACCUUGCAGAUCAGUAGAACAGUAGAACAUCAUCACCCUACGAGCUUCACCCUCCUAUGGAAUCCUUCUCAUUUAAACACUAACAGAUCUACAUUAGCCACUAAUGUUAUUUCUUGUAGGUUGUAAUGUUAAUCCGAGUACUAACCUAUUCUUCUACUAUCGGGACGAGUAGCACUGUAGAUAAUAAUACUCCUGUUGUUUCCCAGAAUAGCCGACCGAACACCAGCGACCAAGUGUGAUUGGUGCGUACGAGUUUAAUUUGUUCAUCGUGAAUAAGUAGCGGAAAUCAAAUCAUUUUUAACAACGAUUUGUGAUUCUUUCUUUUAAACUUUAGUCUUAACCUUACCUGAACACGAAACUGUAUUGGUUUUCUUUUAAUUUUAUAGUAUUAGGCUAAACACAUUUAAUACGUGUUUACAGAAUUGAAGAUUUUUUUUUGCUCAACAAGUAAGAACGUAGGAAUCGAAUCAGUCAUUUAAACUGGUUAUAAUGUAGUGUAGAAAAUAAUGAAGAAACAAAUAAAUUUGAUUUCUUGUAAAUA